AUGUCAACAAAGACAACACAAUCAGCGCAUCACAAGGAGAAGGAGAUGUCAUCGACCACAGAGGAUACUGUUAGCGAUUUGUCCAGCGAUGGAAUUGAGGGAGAGGGCAUUGAGCCCGCCGAUACUGGCGCCGACAGCACAAUCGUCGAUGAUAGCUCAUCGAGCGACUCUAUAAUGAAGCAAGCAUUUGGCUUCAUGAAGAACCAUCUCAAGGUCGGCUCCGACAUGACCAAGAUGCCUAUACCCGCCACAUUCGUUGCGCCCAUGUCCUUCCUGGUGGCCAUCCAGCAGCACUCUGCCAUCUACACACAUCUCCUUAUGGCCGCCGACUCCAUCAAGGAUCCAGAGCAAAGAUUCCUCCAAGUUCUAAAGUAUCACCUUACUUGGCCAAAGAUGUUUUUCCCAAAGAAUCCUUUGAAUCCAAUCCUUGGAGAGGUUUAUGAGAAUGAAGUACAACAUAUUGAUGAGAAGACUAACCAGCCAAUAGAGGGCGAUAGGACCAAGUUCAUCUCGGAGCAGAUCUCUCAUCAUCCACCAGUGUCCUGUUUCCAUUUCCACAACGAGAAGCACGGAAUUCAAUAUACUGCCCGCCAGCAGAUCACACCAGUGUUCAAGGGCAAGCACAUCAGAGCGGACAUGGACGUCAAGUCGACCAUCACACUGAAGAACCACAACGAGACCUACUACAACGACAAGUUCCCCGACGGCUUCCUGCGAAUCCUGCGUUGGAAGUUUGAGUUCACCGGAAAGUAUCACUUUGUCUGCCCCGAGUCUGGCUACAGCGCCGUCAUCAACUUCAAGGACAAACCAAUUCUGGGAGGCAAGUGGCACGAUAUGCACGUGCUCGUCUGCAAGGGCAACGAGUCGCUGUACGAGCUGAACGGCACACACGUCGACGUGCUCAACAUCACCAGUCUCAAGGACAAGAGCACCUCGGUCUUUAUCAACUACGCCACGAUGCGCACCGAGGCCAUCAUCGAGGAGCCAUUCGAGACGCUCAAGGAGAACAACUCGAUCAAGGUGUGGAAGGGCGUCGCCGACUCGUUCGCCAAGAAGGACGGACGUCGCGCCGGCCUGGAGAAGCAAAAGAUCGAGGAGGCCCAGAGGAAGAAGGCCAAGGCCGUACUGACGCAGAACCCCAAUUUCAUUUGGGAGCCAGUUCAUUUCGAGCAUUAUACACCAGAGAAUCCAGUUAUUCCAGAUCACCGUUACACCAACAAACAUCAACAAGACACCACAACCACCGCCAAACAAGACUGUCAACAACAGCAACAGUCGUCUUCACAACAACAACCAAUAGAACAACUUGCAUAG